AUGGAUGACGAAAUAUAUCUUGGGACUCAACAUUUAGCUGCAAUUAAUCUGGUUUGUUUAGUGGUUGCUCUUAUUAUACAUCGUAGGAGAUGUAAUAGAAAAUGUUUAAUUGACCCGGAGAUGAUGUUACAUAAUAAAAAAGUACGACAGGAGAUUUUGCACAAUCUCACCACAAGUGGAAAAUGUCGUAAACUUAUCCGAAUGAGUGAGAAUGCUUUCAUGAUAUUGUGUCAAAAGUUGAAGAGCGAAUGUGGUCUUCAAGCAACUCAACGUAUGUGUGUAGAGGAACAAGUUGUUACAUUUUUACAUAUAGUAGGCCAUGAUUUGAGAACUAGCCAUGUCUCUUGGUUAUAUCGUCGAUCAGAAUCAGCUACAAAUACACAUUUUCAUAGAGUUUUGAAUGCAAUAUUAUCACUAGAAGAUCAGUAUAUUCAACAACCUACUGGUGAUAUAGUUCCAAAAGAGAUUCAAGAAAAAAAGAGAUUUUAUCCAUUUUCCAAGGAUUGUAUUGGGGCAAUUGAUGGUACACAUAUUCGUGUGAAAGUGGCCAAUAAAGAUGCGGCUAGAUAUCGUGGUCGUAAGGGAUAUCCGACGAUUAAUGUGUUGUGCACGUGUACGUUUGAUUUAAAGUUCACAUAUGUUUUAAGUGGUUGGGAAGGGACAGCUUCUGACUCGAGAAUAAUUAAGGAUGCACUUACUAGAGAUGAUAAGUUAGUUAUUCCUAACGGUAAGUUCUAUUUGGUUGAUGGUGGUUUCCCUCAUAAAAGCACCCUCGUAGCACCUUAUAGAGGUGUUAGAUAUCAUUUGAAGGAGUAUUCUUCUCGUGGUCCUCGGAAUAAACGUGAGCUGUUUAACCUUCGUCAUGCCUCGUUACGGAACUCCAUCGAACGCGCAUUUGGUGUUUUGAAGAAAAGAUUUGCUAUACUUAGAUGUUCAGAGCCUUUUUACUCGCCUGAGAUACAAUCUGACAUAUUUUUGGCAUGCUGUAUUUUACACAACUUUUUACAAGAAGUUGAUCGUAACCAAGAACUUGAAGAUAAAGUGGCACGCAAGAUAUUAAGUGCAACACAAGACCUGGAACCUUAUGCUCCAAGAGAAAUAGAUGACAGUGGAGACCAACUAAGAAGUUCAAUUGCAAAUGAAAUGUGGAAUGAAUAUUUGUUGGACCCAAACAACGAAAUUAAUAUGUCUAUCUAG